AUGGCUAGCCCUCCAGUUCUCUCGUUCGAUGCUGAGGGCCGCCCGAUUAAGUUUGAGACCUGGCUCGAUGAUCUGCACCUGUUCCUCCAGCUCACUGCCAGAGAGGAUAUCUCGCUGUACGAUCACGCACUAGGCACAGUCCCUCCUCCUGCUACUACUGCUGCUGCUACUGCUCGCUCACAGUGGCAGACUCGCGAUGCCCACGCCCGCUUUGCUAUUCGAAACUCCCUGCCAGUCGACGAGCGCGAGCACUUUGGCCAGCAUCAGACUGCGCAGGCCCUGUACACUGCUGUAGUUGCGCGCUACUCCUCCCCGGCCUCAGCUGCACUAGGCCGCCUCUCGCUUCCCUACCUGUUCCCCGACCUGUCCGCCUUCCAGACAGUUGCUGACCUCAUCACUCACCUCCGCACUAGUGAUGCCCGCUUCCGUGCCGCCAUGCCCGCUGAGUUUCUUGCCUCCAACCCUCCCCCGCUCUGGCUCACUCUCUACCACCUAGUCACCCGCCUCCCUGACACUCUGCGUACAGUCAGGGACCACUUCCUAGCUCGCUGCCCCACUGAGCUCACCAUUACCGCCCUAGAGAAGGAACUACUUGCAGCUGAGAAGAGUAUUGUAGCUGUAGGUACCUCUCGUGGCGACCCCCGCACCCCUUUCUUCGAGGGGUGUUCCCCCUCCCCCCUGCUCCCCUCUGUCGCCUCUGCUGCUGCUGUCGACCUCCUUGGUGCUGAGCAGGUCGGCUCUGCGUCCGCUCCCAGCGGGCGUCGCAGCGGCAAGGGCAGGGGAGGCAAGGGCGGUGGGGGUGACGGCGGGGGAGGCGGUGGUGGGGGUGGUGGCGGCGGUGGGGGUGGUGGCGGGGCUGGAGGGGCUAGUGGCAGCGGUGGGAGUGGUGGAGGCACCGGCGGCGGCGGUGGCCGGGGUGAGGGCAGUGGUGGUGGCGGCAGUGGACGUGGAGGCGGCAGGGGCGGUGGUGGUCGUGGUGGAGGCGGCGGUGGUGGUUGUGGAGGCUCUGGCACUGGCCAGAGCGCGCAGCACCCUCAGUCCUCCCAGGAGCUUCGUGAGUGGUACUUACAGCACGGGGGUGGGGGGGGUAGCCUUAGUUGCACGUACGUCAUCCGCACUGGUCGCCGCAAGGGACAGACGUGCGGGAGGGCGCACACUGCGCAGCGCUGCUUCUCUCGCCUAGAUGACGCGUGGCGUGCUCAGUUUCCUGACGCUCCUGAGCUCCCUCAGUGGGCUGAUCUCCUCAAGAAGGAUAUCGAUAUCUAUGCUCUUGAUUUUGAUGUUAUUCUCAAAGCCAUGUAUGCAUUGACUAUUAGUGGAGAGGAGGACCAGUAUCUGUGUGUUCCGCCUGACCCAAGCAUCCGCACGAGUGAGGCUGCAGCCCUAGGUGCUUGCGUGUCUGCUGCCCCAGGUGCUAGUGAGGCUACUGCUCUAGGUGCUUGUGUGUCCGCCACCCCAGUCGCUGUCUCGCUCGCUGACCCCUCUGGGGGUCCGGUCAUUGCGACCUCCUCCACUGUCCUUCCUUGUCCUGCUGUCCCGUCGGGCACACUGUCAGGUCUCCACCUCCCCUCGUUCUCUACGAACUUGGUGGCGGGUUGUGCGCUUCAGGAUGGGGGUGUUCACCAGUUCACCCUUGCCUACGAGCGUGUGACACACUGCACGUGUGCUCGGACGGGCCGUCACCUGGCUACCUUCACUCGGCAGCCGGGGUCGGACCUGUACACACUGACCACUGAGUCCCCUCAGGUAGCGGCGUCUGCGUCUGCGUCAGGUCAGCUGUCUGCCCCCUGCUCGUGUCGCUCUCUAGCGCACAAGACUGUCCUCUGGCACCACCGACUUGGUCACCCGUCAGUGCAGCGCCUUCGGGGCAUGCACUCCCGGUACCUUGUCUCUGGUCUUCCUCGGGUACUCCCUCCCCUCCCACCCUCCCUUGCUCCUGCUUGUCUUCCCUGUCUCGAGGGGCGGCAGCGCGCUGCCCCUCACUCCUCCUCGUUCCCCCCGACGACAGCUCCUUUGCAGACGCUCCACAUGGACGUGUGGGGCCCAGCCCGCGUUCGUGGUCAGGGCCAGGAGAGGUACUUCUUGAUCGUCGUUGACGACUACUCGCGCUACACCACGGUCUUCCCCUUGCGCACCAAGGGUGAAGUCCCUGAUGUCCUGAUCCCUUGGAUCAGCAGAGCACGUCUUCAGCUGCGAGAGCGUUUUCGCUCGGAGUUUCCUGUCCUGCGCUUGCACUCUGACAGAGGUGGCGAGUUCUCCUCCGACCUCUUGGCAGCCUACUGUGCCGAGCACGGCAUUCGCCAGUCGUUCACGCUUCCGGCCUCUCCACAGCAGAAUGGCGUUGCUGAGCGCCGCAUUGGCUUGGUCAUGGAGGUCGCUCGUACCUCCUUAGUCCACGCGGCUGCCCCCCACUUUCUGUGGCCGUUUGCGGUCCGGUACGCUGCGCAUCAGCUCAACCUCUGGCCCCGUGUCUCCGCUCCGGAGACCUCGCCCACACUGCUGUGGACGGGGGAGGUUGGCGAUGCGUCACGCUUCCGUGUCUGGGGAUCCCGAGCUUUUGUUUGCAACACGUCUGCGGACAAGCUCUCCUCCCGCACUGCUCCCUGUGUCUUUCUUGGCUUUGUCCCGGAUGCGUCUGGCUGGCAGUUUUACCACCCCGCCUCGCACCGCAUCUUCCCCUCUCAGGACGUUACUUUUGACGAGUCCGUGCCCUUCUACCGCCUCUUCCCCUACCGCACUGCCCCGCUCCCUCCCCCGCCUCUCUUCCUCGCGCCAGGUGCUGCAGUGGUAGACCCCCUUCCCCCUCAGGGUGCCGCUCCCUCAAGUGUCUCUCAGGUAGACCUGGUUGAGCCUGCCGAGGUAGCUGUCGACUCGCGUCCUGCUAGAGGUGCUGAGCCUGAGCGUGCGGAGCCUGAGCGUGCGGAGCCUGAGCGUGCGGAGCCUGAGCGGGUGGAGUCUGGGGGUGCUGAUUGA